UGUGGUUAUUUCGUUGUGGAGUUCUGUACCAGCGGCGUGCAUUCUCUCAGUUCCCUGAAGGUGUAUUGAAUCUCAUUCUCUUUGGAAAUCUCAUUUUUGUUACCAGGGUAUCUUCUUUUUCUACUUGUUCCCCUACUGACCUGAAAUCAACAUGACCUCAAGAAAGAAGGUUUUAUUGAAAGUCAUCAUCCUCGGUGACAGCGGUGUUGGCAAGACCUCACUCAUGAACCAGUAUGUAAAUAAGAAAUUCAGCAACCAGUACAAGGCAACAAUAGGUGCUGACUUUCUCACAAAAGAGGUCAUGGUCGAUGACCGGUUAGUCACCAUGCAGAUAUGGGAUACAGCAGGUCAAGAACGUUUCCAGAGUUUGGGCGUCGCCUUUUACCGAGGAGCCGACUGCUGUGUCUUGGUAUUCGACGUCACCAUGCCAAAUUCAUUCAAAACAUUAGACAGUUGGCGAGACGAAUUCCUAAUCCAGGCAAGCCCAAGGGACCCAGAAAACUUUCCAUUCGUUGUCAUAGGAAAUAAGAUUGACUUGGAAAACAGAGCGGUAUCAGCCAAGCGUGCCCAGGGCUGGUGUCACAGCAAGGGAGAUAUUCCAUACUUCGAGACCAGUGCCAAGGAGGCCAUCAACGUAGAACAGGCUUUUCAUACGGUGGCAAAGAACGCGCUCGCACAGGAGACCGAAGUCGAGUUAUACAAUGAAUUCCCUGAACAGAUUAAGUUAACUAAUGAACAGAAGCAACAGAAGGAAGGUUGUGGAUGCUAAUGACAACGUUUCAGUCUUGUAAAGUCAUAGAUAUACAGUAUGAUCCAGAAAACAAUGAUUCUAUUUGCUGAACCACUGAUCAUGUGCUGGGCUCUCACUAUUGUAAGGUGCACUGGUUCAAAUAUGGCGCAAGAUUGACACUUUACAUCUUUGACCAAUCAUAGUCUCUGUUGGUGGACACAGGAUGUUCAGAUCAGCUUGUGCUUUAGUAUCGAGUGACCGGUAUAGGUGUCAUCACUAGUCUGGGCUCGAGGUCUAGGCCUAUCAGUAUCAAGUGACACCGAUUUGACCUCAAAGGCCUAUGGUGCUGAUUGCUGGCUGAAGGCCUCAUUGAUUGUGACUUACGAGUGGUAAUGAUAAGGUUGGAGAUUGUUCAUGUACAUGCAGGCUUUAACCCUUUAAACACUGAGCUGGGAAGCAGAUUGUCAAAUAUGGGGUUCAUGUAUGCUUCUGAAGAUUAUGUGAUUUGAGAAAGGGACCAGAUCGGCAGAACCUUCCUAUCGGGGAUAACAAAAUGAAACUGAGGUGUACGAGUACAGAGGCUUAGUUCCUUAAAAUUGUGUUACCGUCCCUGAGAGAGUUGUUUAUUGCCCUGUUGUAGGAAGCUGCUUCCUAAGAUGAUCUCUUGGUGAGCCAGUUUUUAAAGGGUAAGCGCCGAGUGAGCAUGAAUUCAGUAGUCUUUAAAGCAUGUAGAAUAAGACAUAAUGUACAGUUGUUUGUUAACCUAUAUUCCAUGUCAAUUAUGUCUGAUACACUGGACUCGGGUCUUGUUGAAUUUCUGACAACUCCUUGCUGCCCAAAAUGUUCUCAUUCAACGGAAUAAUCAUAUUUUACUAACUACGGUAGGUUUUAGCUAUCUGGGACAUUGUGAUGAAGUGGAUAUAUGAGCAACGAGCUGAGAGAGAGAUAAAGUCACAGCAGCAAGAAAGUUGGUAACAUAUGAUUUGUUCCUUUGUUUUACAUCUACAUGUAUCUCCUUCUUGAAGAGUGUGAAUCAUCUGCUCCAGAUGCUAAUCUGCUGUCGCCCCUGAUAUGCUCAGGUCGAUGGACAGGGUAAUGACACACACUUGGGAAUAACAUGAUCGGAAGCAUUUAAAACCAAAAUGUAUUAUGAGUUAACUAUACGCGUGCCUGAUGGGUACCCUCUGACCUCCCAUUGGGAGAGUGAUGGGUUAUCUCCAGCGCAAUGGGACCUCGGGGAUAUUGCUGUGCAGCCAGCAAUUAUGUUGAUGGUAUUGUAGUUAAUUUCAGCCUUGCUUGAAGCUUGAAUAUCUAUUCUGAAAUGAGUAACUGUUUUGAACAAAGUCCUUAUUCUAACAAAUUCUUCAAGGAGGAGUUGCAAAUUCUUGUGAUCCACUUGUAUUUCUGGUCUGAUUAUGCUUACUUGCUUUGAUUCAUUGAUGUAGAUAAAACACAGACAAAUGCUCAUCGCGGAAGUGUUCGUUUUGUGAUAAAAAAGUGACACUUUGAUUGUAUCCGUUUUAUGUGCUAGGUGAAUUCUUACUGUGCAAUUUGAUUCUGUCAAUCUAAGCUGGUAGACUUUUGCUAAUCUGUAACACUGUGUUCUGUUGGGGCCACUCUGGUUGUAUCUGUGUAGCGGGUGUUGGGCAGCUGAUCAGUAUUUGAUGCUCAGCAAGAGAGAACAAUAUUGUUUUAAAAAUUAUAAAAUUUCAUUUUGACAAAUCUAACACCAGUGAUAAAGUCUUGUACGUGCCUUAGGCGAAUAUUUCCUUAUAUCUUGUUUAGCAAACCCUCCGACAUGAAAAAGAGCCAAUUUCAAAUUUAAAAUUUAAAAAAAAAAAAUUUUUCCAACCACCGCCUGAAAAAACUUUCAUGAAAAACUGGUAUUUUUUUCUUUUCUUUUUAUUCUGCCCUCCUCUAUACCAUGUUUUCUGCAUGAACUAGACCCUAAAUGGAGGCAAAACAUUAAGAAAUCAAUGCAUUUUAGACUUCAGAACGAUAUUUUAUUCCGGAAAUAAAUUUUAUUUUUAUUUUGUCCUCAGCCCAAUUAUUUUGGUUUAACCAUUUUGUAAAAGUGAUAUUUAGGUAAAAAAUAAAAAAUUUUUUUCCUGACCUCCACUGAAGAUAUUUCAGAAUAUUAGUUCGCUAACUAAACAAGGUAUUAAAAAAAUUUCUCCUUACCAAUACAGAAACGAAUGUAGAAUUUGUGUCAUUGAUAAAAUCUGACUUGCUACACAGAUUCAGUGUGAAGUUGGCUUUGGAACAGUUCUUUCAUUGCGACUAAGCCCAAACUGUAAAUUGUUGAUGUCGCCACGCAUUGUCAACUAUUAUCAAAUGCUAGGUGACUUUGUAUAUAAUUGAAUAAACAUAUAAAUAUAUAUAUAAAUAA